UUUAUAUGGUCUCGUCGCGUGUUAUAUUGUUGUUUCAAACGCUGCCUUGGUCCUGGUGUUCCGUUGUACGUGAAGCCCUCGCUGUUAGUGCUGCCCACCGUAUAAGUGCCGGGGUGCUGGAAUUUGAAAUUCGCCCUCAGUGCCCUCGUCUUCUACUUAGUUCACCAAAAGCACCUGGCACUUGGAACGACAUCAUUGGCAUCGACAUUGACAUCGACAGCGACAGCGAUAGCGAUAGCGACGGAGAUGAGGAUAGCUUCGAACAAUAAAUGUACUUGGCUGGCGAUAUGGUGAGGUUGAUGAGCGCGGUCGAGAGCCGGGCAGAGAUUGGUUGGGCGCCCGAAAAA